UAUCCUGUUGUCAGUGGUCACUUUGGCUGGCGCUUUCCCUCGCAGCGCCUUUCAACGCGACUUUCACCGACACAUGGCGAAAGAUUUGGAAUCCUCCGGGAAUGGACCAGACGAACCUAUUCGGGGAUCUGUGAGAGUUGUCAAACUAAACCCUCAUCAUUUUAUGCGACGGGCAACCAGUAGUCAUGUGCCGUCCAAAAACUCCCCUAGUCGAGGCGCGUUUCCCGCGUUCUUGGCCCUCGGACGUGCUGGUCCGUCGGCCCUGACCCGUACCAAACCUUCGGGCCUGCUCUCUCCGGUGAGCGCGAGCGGCACCGGCGCAGACGCGAGGAGAAAACAGGGUCUCGAGAUGUGGCAGAAAGUCAUGCACAAAAGCGAGCGAAGCAAAGAGGCCGUGGCGCUGCCCAUCAAGCCCAAAGACAUGUCCAAGCAGAGCUGUGCCGCGGUGCCCUUCACACAGCGCAUAACGGAGGACGGCUGUGAGACGGUGACCGUUCACAAUCAUCUCUGCUUCGGUCAGUGCAGCUCCAUGUUCGUCCCGUCCAGUGGAGAGGUUCGUGCACCAGGAGCUCCGUGCACGCGCUGCGGCCCCUCUAAAUCGCGCUCCGUGCGCGUGCCUCUGCGCUGCGGGACUGAGGUGCGCGAGAGGCGCGUAAUGGUCGUCGAGGAGUGCAAGUGCGAAACCAGCAGUGAAGAGGUCACAGUGCAGAACACAGAAAUGCAUCAUUUAUAACUGAGAAGAGCUCAGCGUCCAUGUGUGGCGGUGUCUGCUGGCAUCAGCAUAACUGUGUUCAUUUACCCUGAGAGAACAGGAGACAUAAGCUCUGUUCCAGCGCCUAGUGAGCUGCCUACGUUUUAAGGCAUCAUAUGUGUGUUCCCGACACGAAAGCUGUUCCAAAAGGUAGGCAGUGUAAUUAUGCUGGCUUCUUA